CACUAACAAGAUAAUGGCAGCUUCUAUGAAAGGGCUUGAUCCAGCCCUUAAAAAAUACUUGAGAUCAAACAAACUCCCAGAUGUUUACGAGGCAUUGAUAACAGGUCUAGCUGUGAUGUGUCCAGAUGACCCCCACCAGUUUAUCAUUGACAACUUAAAAUACCUUUUAGAACAUGGAACAGAUGAAUUGGAAUGGGACCUUUUUGUGGCAAAAUUUAUGAGGCCGGUAAACAGAAUUGUGUCUGAGAGCAACUUGGAGUUUAUCUUCAACCUAGAUGAUGAGAGUAUGUUG